AUGCCUGUUAAAGUUGAAAAUAUUGUGGCAACAUCCUCGAACAAGACUGAAGAAAUGAAGAAUAAGCCUGUGAAGGUCCAGACGUGUGAUGUGAAAAAAAAUGGAGUCAAAUCAGAUGUUAAUGAACCUGUAAACGUAUGGGCGAAGAAAUCAUGGACGAGUCUCUUCAAGAAAGAGGAACCCACGACAAAUGGAGAGUUAGUGACUGAACGCAGUGAUGAGAAAGUUAAAUCGUUGGACACUGUUGAAAAAAGCAGAACUAUUGAUUCAGCCACUCACAGACUAGCAGAAUUUCUAUCGAACUUCGAAAUUGAUGGAAAAAGUGCUAAUCUACAACCAAGAGGCUUAAUCAAUAGGAGCAAUUAUUGCUACAUCAAUUCGAUUUUACAAGCUUUGCUGGCCUGCCCACCUUUAUGCAAUCUGCUGAUAGGACUUUCGAAGAAUUUGACGGAGAAUGGACACGGCCUACCACCCAUCAUAAAGAACAUGUGCAAAUUCAUCAAUAAUUUCGAGAAGCUGCCCGAUUCCUACCUAAACCGUAUAUCGAAAAGGAACAAGAAGAAACAGGGAAGUUUCGACUUCUCCUGCGGCGACUCGAUCGAAGCCUCUCCGAUCUACACCAUCCUGAAUGAUACCAGAAGCGACUCGUUUCUUGUCGAGGGACGUCAAGAGGACGCUGAGGAAUUUUUGGGUCUACUGCUGAACGGACUGAAGGACGAAAUGAUGAAUAUAAUCGAAUCCUGCAAAACUGAGAACAAAAUAGAAAUGAAUCACGACUCCGAAGACUGGAAACAAAUGGGACCAAAGAACAAGCGUAACAUAACGAGAAAGGUUCAAUUCGACAAAACUCCAAUCAGCGACAUAUUCGGCGGACUCUUGUGCUCAAAGAUCCACAAAACGGGAGAUGAAUCCACAGAAAAUAUACAGCCGUUCCUGACUCUUCAGCUGAACAUCAGGACGGCCAAAACCAUCACGGAAGCCCUGGAACAGCUGACGAUAAAGAAUCAACUUGAAGGAAUAACUUCGGCCAAGACGAAUCAAAAGGUGGAAGCGUGGCAGCAGGUGCUGAUCGAGAAACUGCCGGCUGUUCUUGUCCUCCAUCUGCAAUGUUUCCGUUACAAUGGGAACGGUUGCACGAAGAUUAUGAAGAAGGUGGAGUUCCCCAUCGACCUCCAGGUUGAUUCCAAGAUCCUGUCGGGAAAACCUAGCAGUUCUUCAGAGAAACAGUACAAGCUUUUCGCUGUCGUUUACCAUGAAGGUAAAGAGGCCAGCAAGGGACACUAUGUGUCGGACGCGUUCCAUUCUGGACAUCAUACUUGGUUGAGGUUUGACGAUGCAAAAGUGAGGUCAGUGUCAGUGGAAAGUGUUUUGAAACCGCAUGGAGACAGAGUUCCUUAUCUUUUAUUUUAUAAAAGAGGUGAUAUAGUUUAAGGUGUAUAAAUUGAACUAUAGAAUAAUAAAUUUGUACAUAUUAGCGAAAAGG